GUGGGCGGGUCCUGGGUGAGGCAGGAGGAGAAGGGGCCUGUGAAGCAUGCCAGGCUGGUCCUCGGGUGGACUGAGUUUGGGAUGCUUCUGGUGGGAGAGGGAUGCUGGGCCUGGCUGCCCAUGGCCAAGCCCAGGGGCCAGGACUCUGAGAGUAGCUCCGAGGAGACCCAGGCAAGAAGGAGUGGGGCAGGGAAGAUCAGGAGCCCCCCAGAAGCUGGAGAGGUGGAUGGGGAAGGAAUGCAUUGGGAGCGGAGAAGCCACUCUAGCCUGCUGUGCUUGCGCUGACUUUCUUGGGGGAGACCAGAGCAAUGCAACUUUCCAGGCACUUCCCUCCCUUUCCCAGCUCUCUUCUUCCCAGAGCACUCGCUUUUCUCUACCCCGUCCCCUCUUCUCCAGCCUCCUCUCCUAGCCCCAGACGUUUCCAAGCACCUGAUUGGAAGUGAAGGGGCUGUUAGCCUCCUGUGGGGAGGUGACUGACAGCUGCCGGAGCCCAUGGGCCUGCAGGGAGAGGGUGGGACUUCCUGGAUGCUCAGGGCCGUUUCUUGUAGCCCACCCCCCACCCUCUGCAUCCUUGGAGCUGCCAGCUGCAUCCUCUGGGGGACCACCCGUGAGCCCCUCUUUGCGGGAGGGGUCCCCAGGGAAGGUCCUGGGAGUCCAUAGACGCUGAGCUUGGCCCCACCCCCUGGUUGCCUCAGAGGGCCGGAUCUGGCUUUGCUCAGAUCGAUGACAUUGCUGACGGCGCCGUGAAGCCCCCACCCAACAAGUACCCCAUCUUUUUCUUUGGCACACACGAAACAGCCUUCCUGGGACCCAAGGACCUGUUCCCCUAUGACAAAUGUAAAGACAAGUACGGGAAACCCAACAAGAGGAAAGGCUUCAAUGAAGGGCUGUGGGAGAUCCAGAACAACCCCCACGCCAGCUACAGCGCCCCUCCGCCGGUGAGCUCUUCCGACAGUGAGGCCCCCGAGGCCAACCCCGCCGGCGGCAGUGAGGCUGACGAGGACGACGAGGACCGGGGAGUCAUGGCCGUCACAGCGGUGACUGCCACAGCUGCCAGCGACAGGAUGGAGAGUGACUCGGACUCAGACAAGAGUAGCGACAACAGUGGCCUGAAGAGGAAGACGCCUGCCCUAAAGAUGUCGGUCUCGAAACGAGCCCGAAAGGCCUCCAGCGACCUGGAUCAGGCCAGCGUGUCCCCAUCCGAAGAGGAGAACUCGGAAAGCUCAUCUGAGUCGGAGAAGACCAGCGACCAGGACUUCACACCUGAGAAGAAGGCAGUGGUCCGGGCGCCGCGAAGGGGCCCCCUGGGGGGACGGAAAAAAAAGAAGGCGCCGUCAGCCUCCGACUCCGACUCCAAGGCAGAUUCGGACGGCGCCAAGCCUGAGCCGGUGGCCGUGGCGCGGUCGGCCACCUCCUCCUCCUCUUCCUCCUCCUCCUCCGACUCCGAUGUGUCUGUGAAGAAGCCUCCGAGGGGCAGGAAGCCAGCCGAGAAGCCUCCCCCGAAGCCGCGAGGGCGGAAACCGAAGCCUGAACGGCCUCCGUCCAGCUCCAGCAGUGACAGUGACAGCGACGAGGUGGACCGCAUCAGUGAGUGGAAGCGGCGGGACGAGGCGCGGAGGCGCGAGCUGGAGGCCCGGCGGCGGCGCGAGCAGGAGGAGGAGCUGCGGCGCCUGCGGGAGCAGGAGAAGGAGGAGAAGGAGCGGAGGCGCGAGCGGGCGGAGCGCGGGGAGGCUGAGCGGGGCAGCGGCGGCAGCAGCGGGGACGAGCUCAGGGAGGACGAUGAGCCCGUCAAGAAGCGAGGACGGAAGGGCCAGGGCCGGGGCCGGGGUCCUCCGUCCUCCUCUGACUCUGAGCCCCAGGCCGAGCUGGAGAGAGAGGCCAAGAAAUCAGCGAAGAAGCUGCAGUCCCCAAGCACAGAGCCCGCCAGGAAACCUGGCCAGAAGGAGAAGAGAGCGCGGCCCGAGGAGAAGCCACAAGCCAAGCCCGUGAAGGUGGAGCGGACCCGGAAGCGGUCCGAGGGCUUCUCGAUGGACAGGAAGGUAGAAAAGAAGAAAGAGCCCUCCGUGGAGGAGAAGCUGCAGAAGCUGCACAGUGAGAUCAAGUUUGCCCUAAAGGUCGACAGCCCGGACGUGAAGAGGUGCCUGAAUGCCCUAGAGGAGCUGGGCACCCUGCAGGUGACCUCUCAGAUCCUCCAGAAGAACACAGACGUGGUGGCCACUUUGAAGAAGAUUCGCCGUUACAAAGCCAACAAGGACGUGAUGGAGAAGGCGGCAGAAGUCUACACCCGGCUGAAGUCACGGGUCCUCGGCCCAAAGAUCGAGGCGGUGCAGAAAGCGAACAAGGCUGGGACGGAGAAGGAGAAGGCCGAGGAGAAGCUGGCCGGGGAGGAGCUGGCUGGGGAGGAGGCCCCCCAGGAGAAGGCGGAAGACAAGCCCAGCACCGAUCUCUCAGCCCCGGUGAAUGGCGAGGCCACGUCGCAGAAGGGGGAGAGCGCGGAGGACAAGGAGCACGAGGAGGGUCGGGACUCGGAGGAGGGGCCGAGGUGUGGUUCCUCUGAAGACCUGCACGACAGCCUGCGGGAGGGCCCCGACCUGGACAGGCCUGGGAGCGACCGGCAGGAGCGCGAGAGGGCACGGGGGGACUCGGAGGCCCUGGACGAGGAGAGCUGAGCCAUGGGCAGCCAGGCCCAGCCCCCGCCCGAGCUCAGGCUGCCCCGCUCCUUCCCCGGCUCACGGGAGAGCAGAGCGGAGAACUGUGGGGAACGCCGUGCUGUUUGUAUUUGUUCCCUUGGGUUUUUUUUUUUUUUCUGCCUAAUUUCUGUGAUUUCCAACCACCAUGAAAUGACUAUAAAGGGUUUUUUAAUGAAAAA